CCAGUUGCCUCUUGAAAAACGUGGGCGACCGACAAUUUCCUUCGGUGUGGAAGAGUAGAUCGCUGAGGGGAAACAGCGGUUUCCGCCCAAGAUAGCGCAGCGCAGCAGCAGGAAGGGAUCCUUUCGCGGCGCUAUUCCUUUUUCUCUGCCUGGUGCGCGUUCGGGAUCGGAUCGAAGGAAAAUGGCGUCAGCCAUCAAGAGGGUGGCGAAGGAACUUGCUGCUAUUAAGAAAUUAGGGUGGAAAUGCUUUCAGGAUAUUCAAGCAGAUGUGACCAAUAUUCUCCUUUGGAAAGGACUUUUAGUGCCGGAUAAUCCUCCAUACAAUAAAGGGGCCUUCCGGAUUGAGAUAAGUUUUCCAUGUGAGUAUCCAUUCAAGCCUCCUACAAUAAGGUUCAAAACCAAGAUCUACCACCCCAAUGUGGAUGAGAUGGGUAAAUGCUGCCUGCCAAUCAUCAGCGCACAGAACUGGAAACUGGAUACGACGAUAGAGCAAGUAAUUCUGGCUUUGAUAGAGCUGGUAAAUAAUCCUAAAACAGAACCCCCUCUGCGCCCAGGCGUGGUCAAGGAGUUCGUAGAAGACCGUGAGAAAUUUCUGUCACGGGCAGAAGAUCACACCUGCAAUUUCAGUGAGAAGCGGCCAUGCAAGUGACCUGUGCCCACAAGUCUUUGUCUACCAAUGGGAUGGUAGAGAAGAGGGACCAGACAAAAAAUGUGCAUGGUGAAAAUUUGUACUUUUCUGAGUUUAAAGCCAGAACUACUCAUUUGGGGACCAUUUAUAUGCUUGAAUAAGCAUAGGUUCAAAGUUAAGAUUAAUUAAUUAAGUUAAAAAUCUAUGCCUCUUCGUGGUACGGAUGAAAACCUGUAUUACUUUCCUCAUCCUGAAGCUAAAAUCUAUUGCCUGAAAGGAUAGUUCUGGCUUUAAAGUCAGUAUUGAAUUUCAAUAAAUUUCAAAUUGAACUGAAGAGAUGACAUAGUUUUCUAAAACAGAAUGAUAUUUUACCUCAAAAGAGCAGAACAAAUUAGGACAUUUGCAAAGUUACAGGAGUACAUUAUAGAGUUAGAAUUCCACAGAGAAAAAGUACUAAGCUUUCUGUUUUCCAAAUACUUUCUAAGCAAAGAAUAAUUUAUCAGGAACAAUAGGAAUACUUCUGGAAAAAAGAAUAUUGCAUUUGAUGCUUUGUUGCAUGCCAUUCUGUUGCUAGUACAGUAUAUCUUACAUUGGAUGAAGAAAAUAAACAUGUUCUUAAUUCUUUUUAAUUUAUUCUUCUUCAUAUAAGUUUCCAUUUUCAUAGUCAUUCCUGUAGUAUUUUAGGAUUGUUUCAAAAUCUUUCCUUUUCAGUUCCAAGUUUACUUUAUUUAAUGUAUUGUAGUGUUUCCCUUUUUUCUUAAACCUUAGUAAUUGCAUAGGCUGUGUUGCUUUUUAACUUUCCUCCUGUCAUCAUGAAAUUAUACGUUGAACUGACUUUCUGUUCUGUAAUAAAUGCAGGCUAUAAUAUAUUACAAAUAAUGAUGCAUUACUACAUCAAA